CGAAAUCCAACGCCCCAAAACCACCCAUUGACCUCUCAAAUCCUUUAAACACAAAUAUCACAGCAGCCUGUGCGUGUCAGAGAGAGAGAGAGAGAGAGAGAGAGAUGGGGGGAGAGACAGACCGCCAUGCUUCGUGACGGAAACGGAGACCGAAAUACCGGCUAAUGGAGCUGCCGUUACUUUUCCGAACACCGAGCCACUCAUCAACUGCAACUGCAACUGCAACCACGUCGUUUAGAGUCGGUGCUUGGUUUUCUAAAACCAGUGACCUUCCGGCUAGUAGAAGGAGAUUGAACUUGAGAGAAAAUGGAGUCAAUAGGAUUCAAAUACGGUGCAGCAAAGCAUCUACAGAGAGAACGGGUGCUGGUAGUGAAGGAAUCGAGGAGAGAGAAAGGAGGAGAUUCACUGGAAGUGCUAUGGAAGUGACUACAUUUGAUCAGAGCUUUGGCGAUGCUGCUUCUGACUUUCCUUUGUGGGAGAAAAUCGGUGCUGUUGUUAGACUCUGUUAUGGGAUCGGUAUAUAUGGAGGAAUGGCGUUGGCAGGACGGUUUAUAUGUUCAAUAACUGGAAUUGAUAGCCUGGGAGGUUUUAAUCCAUCUUUGGAUGCAUUUCUUGAAGGGCUUGGAUAUGCAGCUCCACCAGUCAUGGCCCUUCUUUUUAUACUAGAUGAUGAAGUCGUGAAGUUGUCGCCUCAUGCUCGUGCCAUUAGAGAUGUGGAGGACGAGGAACUUCGGAAUUUCUUUUAUGGGAUGUCGCCUUGGCAGUUUAUUUUAAUUGUUGCUGCAAGUUCCGUGGGAGAGGAGCUUUUCUAUCGAGCUGCUGUUCAGGGAGCACUGGCUGAUAUAUUUCUAAGGGGAACCAAUUUGAUGGAAGAUGCUCGAGGAAUGGCAUCGCUGACUGGUGUGCUGCCUCCUUUUGUCCCAUUUGCCCAGGCAUUUGCAGCUGUUUUAACAGCCGUUCUUACUGGAUCCCUCUAUUAUGUGGCUACCUCCCCAAAAGAUCCUACUUAUGUAGUUGCACCAGUUCUGCCAUCUUACUCUGGGCGUGAAGAUCUGAAAAAGCUAUUUGCAGCCUGGUAUGAGAGGAGGCAAAUGAAAAAGAUCUACUCUCCCCUCCUGGAAGGACUUUUGGCGCUCUAUCUAGGUUUUGAAUGGAUCCAGACAAAUAAUAUUCUAGCCCCCAUCAUUACACAUGGCAUAUACUCGGCUGUUGUAUUGGGGCAUGGCCUUUGGAAAAUACACGAGCACCGGAGAAGACUACGCCGGAGAAUCCAGCUUCUUAAAUCAGAAGAAAUGAAUUCAAAUAAAAGAUGAAGUAGCUGCUUAUGAAAACCCAGAUAAAAAUGCCUGGGAAGGAAAGAUAAAUGGUGGGGGAGGAAACUUGUAGAAUACAUAGAGCCGAUUAUUAGGUAUGAAUAGUACAACUAGAGAUGCUGUAUACAAUAGAAAGCGCAUUGUGUAUUAACAGUGAAUAAACUGAAGAAAGUCACAGUUAGAAUACAAGGCAUGGUACUGAUUGGAGAUGGCGAGUUUCUAGCACAAGUUGAUAGUA